UAUCGCUAGGCGCUCUCGAGGUAGCUCCACCUAGCUAGAUCGCUAUAUAUCCGACGAGGACGCGCGCAUGGCGGCACAGGAGAGCGGCAGGACAGCCACUGCGACCGCCGCGGCAGCGUGCCGCGAGCGCCGCUUCGUUGGCGUCCGGCAGCGGCCGUCGGGGCGGUGGGUCGCGGAGAUCAAAGAUUCGGCGCAGCACGGCCGCCUGUGGCUCGGCACGUUCGACACGGCCGAGGAGGCGGCGCGCGCCUACGACGAGGCGGCCCGUGCGCUGCGCGGGGAGAACACGCGCACCAACUUCGCGGACCGCGGCCGGCAUGGAUCAGCCGGGGUGGCCAGGGCCAGGCUGAGCAAGAACCUGCAGCAUGUCAUGGCGCGGGCGGCCGCCGCGGGCAGGGCCACGGCAUCGGCAUGCGCCGCGGUGGGCGAACAGUUCGCACUCGCCGCGGUGUUCCGGCACUGGCAGCAGCCGACCCUCGCGCCGCCUCAGCAGUGCGGCGGCGCUGAGGCCGAGACCAUGCACGUGAAGCGCGCGGUGCAGCCGAGCUUCGUCGUGCCGAGGCGGACGGAGGCGCCGCCGUCGCCAUCGGUGCUUGAAGCUGGAGACAUUAUUUGGGGCGCUGACGACGUCGACGAGGCCGUGGAGACGGGCGUCCAGGAGGGGUCUUUCAAUGUGUCCUCGUCUGUGAUCGUGCCGCCCUCGUUUAGCGCAGCUUCGUCGGAGUCUUUCAGCCUCGAGGACUUGUAGCUAGUGGAACUGGAACUGUAGAAGAAACGUCUCUUGCACCGUCUUGGUUCGUUCGUGUAGAUAUUGCGCAGACGACGUGCUGCCUGUGCCCUGUGUGGCUGUGUUGCAUGCUGUACUUCCCAAGGAAGAGAUGUUCAGGCUCAGUGGAACAAAUUAAAGCACGAUGAUCAAGUUCAAUUAAUCAGAUAUAUA